AUGCUUCGGACCAAAAACCUCUACAUUCCUCUUCUCGCUUGCGAGUUCAAGCGCUUGCUGAAGCUGUGGACUGCCGCGGCGGCGACAGAUCAGGAGCGUCUGUAUCUCGUUGCCAUCUGCAUCUUCAUCCGCCUGUUUAAUUGCCGAUUCCCUGUCUUCGGUCUCGUCACCAGUGGCGCUCGUGGAGUCCUUUCUUGCGCAUACAACGAAAUUAUCCACGUAGAAACUAAGCUCGACAAGAAACCACCGCUGGAGGAAUAUACUCCGGCCAUCUUCAUUGCGGAUCAGGAGGCCGUGCAGGUUGACCUUCGCAAGCCCUUGGACGCGCUCAACAUGGCAACGUUCAUUGCGUAUCUCGUUAUCGUGCACGCUCCUCGCAUCCAGAAGCUCUUCGAGAGUGUCAGCGAGGUCGACGACUCGGUUGCGGAAUACCUUCUGGACCGCCGCACGAAGGACCUGCCUACGCCUUUGCAGAUCGCCCGCAAAAUGGGCCCCGCGGACGGCAAGUGGCACAAACAGCCACCGCCGAGGAAGGAUACCAAAGGCGCGGCUAAAGCGCAGCGGAAGGAAGCCACGCCCUCCGAGCUGGAUUCUAUUGCUGAGGAGAUCGUUGAUGAUGAGUAA